AUGUCAAUGAUGAAUAAAAUUAAUUGUACAUUAUUAUUUGUAUUUUUAGUUUUAAUUUCAGUUUGUUUAGCCGAGAACAAACAACAAAACCAUAGUCCAAAGAUAAAUUCAUCAGCAUCACCAUCAAAGGCUAAUAAAAACAAUGGAAGUAAUAAUAACAACAAUAAUAAUAAAAUCGAUUUAACAAGCAAUGGUGGCGGAUCAUCAUCAGAAGGUGGAGAUAUUAAUCAAAUUCCACAAACUAUAAAGAUUUCAUUAACUAAUGAUCCAAGUGAAAUGAUGAUUAGUUGGUUCACAAAUGGUAAAAUUGGUGAUGCAAUCGUUCAAUUUUCAGAAUCAAAAUCUGAUUUAAUCAAUUAUAGUGCCAAUACAAACAAUGGUGUAAUCACUGUCAAUGGUAAAUCAACUACAUUUUCAAACUGGAAAGGUUAUAGUAAUUCUGUAGUCUUAACAGGUUUAUCACCAAAAACAACUUACUAUUAUCAAUGUGGUGGUUCAUCUAGUAAUAUUUUAUCACAAACCAAUUAUUUUACAACUUCCAAUUUUCCAACUACCACCACUGCCAAUACCAGUGGUAAAAAUGUAAAAUCAACAACAACAGAUAAUUUCCAAGUUACACCAUUCACAGCAGCAGUUUAUGCUGAUAUGGGUUAUGGCGGUGGAUAUAAUAAUACAGUUAAAGUGAUUGAAGAGAAUCUUUCAAAAUAUUCAUUAAUUCUUCAUAUUGGUGAUAUUGCCUAUGCAGAUUAUAAUAAAGUUGAACAAGGUAAUCAAACCAUUUGGACCAAUUUCCUUCAAGCAUUGGAACCAAUCACAUCAAAGGUACCAUAUAUGACAGCACCAGGUAAUCAUGAUGUUUUCUAUUCAUUCAAUUCCUAUCAAAAUACUUUUAAUAUGCCAGGCUCUUCAAAUCAACCAUGGUAUUCCUAUGAUUACAAUGGUGUUCAUUUCUUAUCCUACUCAACUGAAUCCGAUUUAGCACCAUUCACUCAACAAUAUCAAUGGAUUAAAAAUGAUUUAGAAACUUAUAGAAAAAAGAAUCCUUCAGGUUGGGUCAUUGCUUAUGCUCAUCGUCCAUACUAUUGUUCAACUCAAAUGGAUUGGUGUAGAAAACAAACACUUCGUGCUCUCAUCGAGUCUACAAUUGGUGAAUUAUUCCAAAAUUAUAAUGUAGAUAUCUAUUUGGCCGGCCAUACUCAUGCCUAUGAAAGAACCGUUCCUGUCUAUCAACAAUCUCCAAUUGGUACCUAUGAAUAUCCAGGUGGUACAGUUCAUUUCACUAUUGGUACUCCAGGUAAUCAAGAAGGUCUCGAUCAUAAUUGGAUCUUACCAGCUCCAUCUUGGUCCGCUUCUCGUUUUGGUGAAUUGGGUUAUGGUCAAUUAAAUGUAGUAAAUAAUACUCAUAUCCUCUGGCAAUUCUUAACUGAUCAACAAGUUAUAUUUGAUGAACAAUGGAUUGUAAAAGGUUAUUUUGAUUAA